UCUCCCGCCGCGCAGGCGCAGAGAGUGAGCCAAGAUGGCGGCGCCCGUGGAUCUCGAGUUGAAGAAGGCCUUCACAGAGCUUCAAGCUAAAGUUAUUGACACCCAGCAGAAGGUGAAGCUUGCAGACAUACAGAUUGAACAGCUAAACAGAACGAAAAAGCAUGCCCAUCUUACAGAUACAGAGAUUAUGACUUUGGUAGACGAGACUAACAUGUAUGAAGGUGUAGGAAGAAUGUUUAUUCUUCAGUCCAAGGAGGUAAUUCACAGUCAGCUGUUAGAGAAACAGAAAAUAGCAGAAGAAAAAAUUAAAGAAUUGGAACAGAAAAAAUCCUACCUGGAGCGCAGUGUGAAGGAAGCUGAAGACAACAUCCGGGAGAUGCUGAUGGCACGAAGGGCACAGUAGGAAGCCUCUAAGGAAGCUUUUCCCCUCCCAUUCCUGGCAAGGACAAGGGGCCUGUGCAGGGAAAUGGCCUCUGCUUUACCCUGAUGCUGUUUUAUCUGGAUGGUCUGGUAACCCUGUUUUUUCUACAUCACCCUGAGCCCUUCAAAACCCACCCCUCUAUUAUUUAUCCUGGCUCUGCCUGCCACCCCUGCCUAAGACACUCCUCCCCUGGGUUGAGUCAUGAACUCCCCAGAGAGGGAAGAUGGGAACCAGGACAGAUAGGGGAGCUCUGCCCAUGCCCCCUACUAGUCAUGGUGGUCAGACCAAUAAAAGGCAUCUGUGCCACUCUGCCAAGUCUGCUUUUCUUGAGCUGACAAAUGAGAACAGAGAGGUAGAGGCUAUCUCUAUCUGAGCUCUUCCCUGUCCCAGUGCAUGAAGCCUUCCCCUCUUUUGCCAUUUCUUAUCCUUUGAGUAAACCCCUCAGGCUAACAGCCUUCAUGGAAUGUGCAGAUAAGAAAGGAGACCAGGGCAUAGCUGAAUUUUAAGUGAGGACAGCAGUUCCUUGGUGGCAGUUUGCCUAAAGAUUCCUGCUUCCUCAUAAACAUUCCAAAAGAAAAUUCAGUAAUAAGCCAGCAGCACCUCCAAGACUCUCCCCCUUUGGUCAUUGUCAUAAGAGGGGACACGAUGAUCCUGAGGCCUCCUAGAGACUCAGGGGCAGCGGUGUGCUGGACUGGCUUACACUAGCUUGGGAGAGCCAGUUACUCAAUUUUCAGGAAUUUUGUUGCAAGACAGUUGUUAAACACAGCCAUUAUUAAACAUUAAAUUAUGUAACUUUACAAUUAAAUUAUUAAAGAACAAGGGUAAUAAAUGUU